AAUUUUCUUCCUCUUUUAAACAAAGCCACUUUAAACAAAAUAAAUGCAUUAAAUUUGCGAUAUUUACGCAAUGUCAGUGGCUAAAUUGCUAAACCGCUCCGUGGGAAGAGCGGGCAAAGACUCCUUGCGGGUCUGCACUCUUAAACCCGUGGAACCCGAGCACCAGACCAUUCACCUAUCCACCGGCGAAAACUUCGUGGGACGCAGCCGGGAGACGGGAAUCAGGGACAACAAGUGCUCCAAACGGCAAUUACAGCUCCAGGUGGACCUGAAACUCUGCGGAGUGACCUUGAAAGUGCUGGGCGUGAAUCCAUGCGGCGUCAAUGGAGUGAUGGUAAUGCAGCACUCGGAGUGCGAGCUAAAACACGGAGACCUGGUGGAGAUUGUCUACGGGCGGCACCCCUUCGAGGUCGUCUUCAAUCCACCGCCCACGGAUGCCAAGGAGGAACUACAUUCGCCAUCUCCAACAGGAUCGAGUGCCACUGAAACAGAAAGAUGGGACUCUGCAGCCAACGGCAAGUUGGUAAUCUUCACCAGCGCUGGCGUGACUGCAUCUGAAAAGAUCGCCGGCUACGACAUGGAUGGCACGAUCAUCAAAACCAAGUCGGGAUACGUCUUUCCCAAGAACACCGAAGACUGGCAGAUUAUCUUUCCAGAAGUUGCAGAGAAACUGAAGAGUCUUCACAAGGAUGGAUUCAAGAUUUGCUUUUUCACAAACCAAGGCGGCAUUGCCAAGGGGAAGAUCAAGCUAGAUGACUUCAAGAUUAAGAUCAAGCAGAUAGUGGCCAAACUAGGCGUCCCUGUCCAGGUGUUCAUCGCCAUUGGCGAUGGCUACUACCGCAAGCCACUGCCCGGCAUGUGGGAGCAUCUAAAGGAGGAAAUGAACGAGGGAGUGGAGAUCCAAGAGGACCGCUGCUUCUUCGUGGGCGAUGCUGCUGGCAGACCGGAGACGGGGAAGGGGGUCACCAAGCAGCGCAAAGACCAUUCGCUGGCCGACAGACUCUUCGCCACCAACAUUGGACUCUCCUUCUACACGCCGGAGGUGCACUUCUUGGGCCGCCGAGUGGAGCAGUGGAACAAGCCGGACUUCGACCCUUCUUGCAUUCAGGACCAGGUAGCCCUCUUGGAUCCCGACGAUAUUAGCUUUGAGGGUCAUCCCUGCGAGAUGGUUAUCAUGGUUGGCCUGCCCGGUUCUGGCAAGAGUCACAUAUGCAACGCCUUUUUCCAGUCUCGUGGCUACAGAAUAGUCAAUGCGGACACGCUCGGCAGCGUCCAAAAGUGCCUGAGUGCCUGCCAGGGAUACCUGGAGGAAGGAAAUUCAUGUGUGGUCGACAACACCAACGUGGAUGCGGCCUCUCGCAAGAAAUUCUUGUCCAUAGCCAGCAAUCUAAAGAUCCCCUGCCGCUGCCUGGUGAUGAAUCUCUCCGUUGCCCAGGUGAAGCACAAUAUCGCCUUCCGCGAGCUGUCGGGGGCAAACCACUCCAAGAUCAACGACAUGGUCUUCAACAUGAUGAAAAAAAAGUAUCAGGAGCCGGCCCUAGACGAGGGAUUCCAAAGCAUUCACAGGGUGAACUUUAAGCCGGAGUUUGCCAGCGAAAAGGAGGAGAAGCUGUACAAAAUGUAUUUGGUGGAGAAGUGAGAAAUUUUAUUCAGUCCAAAGUGAAGAUACGUUUGGCUAUGUCAUCGAUCAGCCAGUCCAUGGAGCUAAGCAGCUUCUCACCGGUCACCGCGCUAACCCCGGCCACCAGCCAGUGGUGCGUGGUGAUCUCCUCCAGAUGUAGUAUCUGUAACGAAUGUUGUGAUUAAAUCUGUUGACUAAGUA